UUUUGCUUUAAUAAAUUGUGGUCAAAGGUGACUUUCAAUUUAACGUUUGUUAGCUACGUUUGUCGGAUUAAACCCUACAGAUCGGGAUGAAGUUACUCGCGAUGCAGUUGGUUAAUAGAGUGUGUCAUGAGAAGUCAAGUUGAUCGGAUACUGGAAUUCAACUUCAAAUGGAAAAGGGUCGGCCAGUCACCCCAUAUUAGAAACCUGGCACAAUUAACUUAAUUUUAUUUUGACAUGUCAUCGUUUUGAUUACUUGUACGUUUACCUUAAAUUUUCUUAAAUCAAGCUACUUGGUUUUGUAACAAUUCUCAAGUGGUGUUUCUGACUCUAUAAGCAUGCUAAGUGGCUAGAAUUGUAAGAGAUAGAAGCUAUGCUACCACCCCUCUGCAGCAAUUCUCCAAUCGGAAGCUGCAGUAAAAGCUGGUGCUGGUUUCUUACUCUAACGCUUGCGAAUCAUAACAUUCGGUAAUGGACUUUACUAUGUAGUAUAACAAUUCUAACAAAAUCUACAAGUUCGUUUUGAGUUACACAACAAUGAUAUUUAGGAUGAUCAGUGGUGUGAAGCAUUUCUCCAAGCUUCAGAUUAUCGUAUUGUGUAUCCUGUUUGGACAAAUACACCACACCUGGGCGCGAACCAAGCACGUUUACAAAACCCCCGAUGGAGAGUUCAAAGAAAGAACGCGCGAAAAGUUUGAAAGUGAGUUCGAUGAAUGGGAAAGCUACAAAAACGCCUGGAAUAGAGAUACAAACAAGUUCAAAGAUCGACUCUAUCCUUUUGGUGAACAAUAUGGAGAUGAGUUUGAUCCAACACGAAAUGUCCAUGUUAACUUUGAUUUACAAACAGAUGUGCCAUUCUUUGGACAAGUCUUCGAUUCUGCUGUUAUUACGAACCAUGGUUACAUUUCACUGAACACUACAUUCAAAAGCUACAAAUAUCUGUCUAAAGGCUGGCCAAAUAAGCAAUGGCCGCACGAUAUGGAUCCUCCUCUCAUUGCUCCAUAUUACGCCAGAGUGGAAAUAAGCGAUGAUUCGAGGCUCUGGUAUCGUCAUUUCUACGAGGACAUGUGGCCUGAGGACGGGCCAGUGCGAAAAGAACGAGAUAUCGCUAAAGAGAUGUUGUUCGAGUUCUCGAUAGAAGUCCGUGCUGCUGUAGUUGGGGCCGAUUUAUUCGUGGGCAAAUAUGGCUUCAUAGUCACGUGGGAGAACGUUACGCAUUCCCCAAUUUGCAGAAGCGGACCGUGUCCGAGAAACACAUUCCAAGCUGUUGUGGUGACCGACGGUAAAGAGACAUAUACUAUCAUUAACUACUGGAAUUUAACAUGGUCCGGAACAGGAGAUGAUAAAGGCGUAAAUCCUGAAUACAAGGCCCAGGCUGGAUUCAACGCUGGUAAUGGUACAGAAUUUUACCCUUUGCCUUACUCUGGGACCAAUGAAAUUCUCCGAUUGGCUACGUCAGCGGGAUCCAAUGUGACUGGGCGGUAUAUUUACAGAGUGGAUGACGAAAUCAUCAUCAAAGGAGGAUGCACGAACGACACACAGGCGUCCAGUAUCUUAGAGAUGUACCCUCGAUUUGGAGGAAUGAUGGGCGGUGGGGAAGUUAACGUAUCGGGGCCCUGCUUUGCACCAAAUGACCGAAUACUUUGCAAGUUUGGAGAUAAGGUCGUAGAGGGUCAGUAUAUACACAUGAUGAGGGCGAGAUGUAUUCAACCAGCUCUAACUCAGAGAGGGUUAAUAGAUGUUGAACUGACCAAUGGCAGACACCAUAAACAUAGGAAUACAUUCAAUGUUGUAAUGCUGGACAAAAUACCCUAUGGAGUAAGGCUUGAUCCAUUCGGGGAUUGGGAGUCAACGGAUCCUUAUGCUCUUGUUAUGCGAUGGGAUCGGAUGGUUCUCACCCACCUCCCCUAUAAGACUGUCAGCAUAAAACUGUACGGUUACAGGGAAGCUAACGGAGAGGCAGUUUGGGAACUACUUAUGACGCUAAGGACUGAGGAGUCAAACAAUGGGGUCUUCACAUUCUAUCCCAGGGACCAUAGAUGCGACACCUAUCACAAAUGUGAAAGCUUUAUGAUUGGCGCUGUUGCAAUUAGUCUUAAUGAUCAGUUCAAGGAUCAUCCAAAAACUAUCUGGUCUCAGAUCACUCCGCUUGGAUGGUACGUUGGGCAGCAUUGGAGAGAGAAGUGGGGCGAGGACUGGCCGGAGGAUAAGUGCCUUGACUGGAAAAGAAACGAAAACAAGAACAGAACAUGGUACCAGGAACUGCCCCCCUGUCCGUGUAGGUUGGAGCAGGCACUGGCGGAUUUUGGACAGUGGCAGCCCUUUGACUUCUGCAGUAUGUACAAAGAGGACAGUUGCUUGUACCACGACAAAAAUAUUAAACACUGUGUCAUGACAACGUACCCAUCCCACCAUGGUUCUGGGAGUCAAUGUUGUUAUAACCAUGACGGAGACCUCAUGUCCACGUGUGACUCAGAAACAACCGGUAUCCCCACUCGGAAACAUCAGUUCGGAUUGUACCCUUAUAAGGUUGGGGACAUACCCAAUCUUUCCCACUGGCUGGAAGAUAAACUACCCUACUAUUAUUGUUGUAUGUGGAACGCUACCUGCUAUAACUACAUCAAACAGAGAGAAACAAUGAACUGCUACUCCUACAAUAACUCACGGCCAGCAACCGUGUACGGAGACCCUCAUUUUGUUACCUUUGAUGGAACAAAGUACAUCUUCAAUGGCAAGGGGGAAUUCUGGUUGCUAAGGAACAAAGCUGUUGACUUCCGGCUACAGGGUCGUAUGGAACAACCUCAUAAUAAAACGUUUGGUCGAGUAAGAGGAACGUUAUUGACGUCUAUAGCGAUGCAGGAACUCAAUUCUGCCAAAGUGGAAGUGCAACUGGGCAUGUACACCGGGAGGAGGAAGUUAAGAGUCCUCGUAGACGAUCAACUGAGACUUUUUGAUGAAGUUGGGCGACGAUGGCAGGACUACAUGAAUGUCUCGAUUGUGUGCAACGAUGCCUCCGAGAAUUUCACUCAUUCUAACUUCACGAUCUUGUUUCCGAGUGGGGUUGGAGUUAAUGUAGCAGCGUUUGCGAGAUCACUUCAUGUCAUAGUAGCGGCACCAGCUCACUAUAAGUUUAAUACUUGGGGGUUAUUCGGCAAUUGGAACAACAACUCAAAGGCAGACUUUCGUAUUCCAUCGGGGCAGACAGACGACUACCAUUCGUACACGAUAAUCCACGACAAGUUUGGAAUGAUGUGGUUAAUCAACAAGAACGAGUCACUCUUUAGAUAUCAGGCCAGCAAGACGUUUGAAUACUUCAUAGCUGAUGCAAAAACAUUCCAGCCUUUCCAUCAGAUUCCUCAAAUAGUUCCAAUUGGCGGCAACUGGAACAAGAGCCAGGUUGAUGACGUAUGUUAUAACCAUGAGGGCUGCUGGUUCGACUACAUGGUCACAGGCGACAGAGAGCUGGCUAAGGCUUCCAGACAAACAGGGGAAUGGUUCGAUGAACUAAGAGAAAUGGGGCAAUACAGAAAUUCAUGUGGGAUUCUAUACGUGCCGUAUGCUAAGAAGUCAACAUACAAUACGUUCCUGGACACGAAGGUGUAUAUAACUGGUUGUUGGCCAGGCUAUGAACUACGAGGAUGGGCGGGUCCCUAUACGUGUGAACGAGAGCGCUACAAUAGAUACAUUCAUUGGUACCCCUGGGUCUCCGCUCGCUGUUACUCUGUUGGCACCAUCCAGAUUCACACUGCAUUGAUGGUCGUUGUGCCAUUGAUCCUCAUCAUCGUGGCGUCAAUCAUCAUCGCCUGUUGUUGUUGGAAGAAACGAACGCAGAGACUUUUAGACGAUGGAGACGAGAAGCGAGCGAAGCGAAAGCGUGAUAUACUAAAAACCAUUGUGUCAAAGUCUGAUCUGGAAAAAGCUGAAAAGAAUUACGCAAACAAAAAUGAAAUGAUAAGCGAUAAAUGUGGCGACUCUGUGGAGCAGACCCAUGUCGACAAUGAAUCAUUUACCAAUGAUAAUAAAAAUAGCAAUGAGUUUGGAAAAUAUCAAAAUGAUGCUCCCAAAGCGAUUAAAGACGCGGCGAUAGCAGAUACAAUCCCGAUGAAAACAUAUGAUGUAAGUAAUAAUCUAAAAGAUGCUGGUGAAUAUGAUACGAUUGCAUCAAUCCAAUCGAGUGAACGAACUACACAUGGAUAUCAUAAACGAAGAAGUGACUUUGUUAUUCGUGAAAUACCGAUGCAUGAUCCAAAUAAAUCGUCCCCAAGCCAAGUUGGGUCACGUGGGAGGCGACGAGGGUCGUUAAGGAAACGAAGGUCAUCAACGGGUUCCAUUACUUCCCAAAAGAGAAAAAAUAAAGGAAGUGAAACAGGAGAACAUGCAUGUUCCUCAAAAGAAUCUCUCCAUAAAUCUAAUCAGCCCUUAAAGCAUGCUGGAGAAAACAUAUACGAGAGUAAGCCAAGACAAACGUCAUUGGAACAAAACAAAAAGGCUGAAAAUGACAAUAGAAAGGCGCAAGUUACAACUGGUGCUGGAAAUGGUGAAUCAACGAACACGCAUACGGUAAUAGCUGUUAUUGAAAGCAGCGAUAAUUCAAAUGAUACGGAAACUGCAGCUUAUAACAUUGACAAACAUGUGAUCUCAAGCAAGCAAUCACAAAGCUUCACUCCUCAUUCAAUCCUGAGCACUCCCAACUCCAGUCGAAGUGGAACGCCUGUAAAGAAAAGAGUUUCAAUAAAGUCUAGUAGAGAAUCGCCACCUAUAACACCAGGGUUCAAUAGACAGAGGAUAUACAUGAACAUCUUGGAGACGCAAAAUGAAUUAGUGUCUAUGAAUCCUAAUUUUGGCGAUGAACCGCCACCACCUCUCCCUCCGCCAAGACUAAAAGAAAGGUAUAUAAAUAUGGGUAUCAUCAACACAGCUUACGAGGAUGAUAACUCGAUAGACAGUGAACUGGGUCAGAUUCAUAGUGAUAUGAUGACUAGAGAUUUAGCAAGAAUACACAUGGAAACCAAACAAAGAAUUGAGAGCCGAAGGUCGAGCGGACCCCCCACUGAGCCCGUUCUCGAAACGUCAUCACGAGAAUCGACAACCCCGGAAAAGGAAAGGAUUGAAGACUCCCCACCGCCGGUUCCUAAACCCAUGGCGUAUAGUAGCACGACCCCCGCUGCUCCCCCAAACAGCUAUGUUAAAACAGACGUUGUGCCCCGUUUGACGCCAGCCUACACUAAUGUUCCACAGAAAUCCGCCCAAACUGGAUAUGAACCGACACGAUCAUCAGCGUACACACCGGCGACUACAUCACCAUACAGACCGAAUUACACUACACCUAGCAGCCGAUCGCCGUAUACCCCAAUGACAACGAAACAGAGUACAACUCCAACAGGAACAUCACCCAAGCCUACACAGUUUUCCUCUGCUCCAGUGUCUUCAUCCUCUAGCCCAAUAAAACCUGCAUCAUCAUUUGGGUCAAAAUCACCAGAUGCAACACAACCAUCACAAGCAUACGCACCAUCGUAUUCCAAUUAUGGAAGCAGAUUUAGACCAUCAGGAAACCCCACUCAGAGAGAGAGCAGACUAAGCGCCAACCCAUAUGCAAAUGUUAGUCCAAAGAACGAGGGUGGAUUAAGUCCUAAUCCAUAUUCAAAUGCUAGUCCAAAGAGAGAAAGUAAAUUAAGUCCCAAUCCAUAUUUAAAUGCUAGUCCAAAGAGAGAAAGUAGAUUAAGCCCCAAUCCAUAUUCAAAUGUUAGUCCAAAAUCGUCCAACUCGCUUCCGCGGUCUGAUAAUAGCAGCUUUGGUGGUAGUAGUAGGGGAGGGUUUGAUAGGUCGCCAGGUGCAGCACGUUCAGUGCAUGACAGGUCGCCAGGUGCAGCACGUUCAGUGCAUGACAGGUCGCCAGGUGCAGCACGUUCAGCGCAUGACAGGUCGCCAGGUGCAGCACGUUCAGUGCAUGACAGGUCGCCAGGUGCAGCACGUUCAGCGCAUGACAGGUCGCCAGGUGCAGCUCGUUUUCUGCAUGAGAGGUCGCCAGGUGCAGCUCGUUAUCCGCGUGGCAAUCCACCAAGUGACCCGAGAUAG